AUGGGGUGCGUUCUAAGCUCGAAUAAACGUUCCUCAUCUUCUAAAUUUCACCAACAUUCAUCAAGAUCAAGCCGAGCUCCGCCGCCGGUGGACGUAGAGACGGUGAAAGAAGUUCUCUCCGAAACUCCAAAUCACAACCCGUUCAUGAAAAUCGAAGACGAUCCCAAAAAAGUUACAUCUAGACAUAACUCUUUCAAAAUCCGACAACAAGAUCACGUUCACGAAGAUCCAUAUGUCUCUGAGAUCGGUAGCACGAUGAGCGAGAGUGUUUCCACUACAACAUUCGACGACGACUUUGAUGUUUUCCGAUCGAAAGUGAUAGACAGAUCACCGUUGAAAGCUAGAAACCGGCAGCAAUCAUCAGGAGAGCUUCAACCGGUGAGAAAAUCGCCGGUGAGAGGAAAAGAACAGUCUCCGGGACGGGUCAGAUUAACACCGGAAAGAAACAGUCGCGGAACCGGGUUUGGCUCUGCUGGCAGGCAGAGGCCGGGUUCCGGCAAUGCGUCAGCGGCUCGAUCGAGGUCUCCGGCUAAGCGUACGGUGGCUGGAGGCUGUUCUACGGGUAGGAGUGAGAUCGGGAGAAGCUUGUCCAGUAGGAGAACAGGGAAGUCUCCGGGUCGAGUAGGGUCCGAUUUGCAUGAGAGGAUCCGAAAACCCGAAUUAAGGUCGGGUCGGGAGAGGGAAGAGGGUAGCUGGCCUUCAACUGCGAUGAACAACGAUGAAUCACUUGAAAACCCACUUGUGUCCUUGGAGUGUUUUAUUUUUCUCUAG